AUGGGGGACGAGAUCAAGAGUUCAAUCUUUGCUUUCGCAUCGGUGCUAGCAUCUCUCAGUUACUGCUACUUCAUUGCUGCAAGAAUCCCAAAAGGCUUCUUGAGGCUGAUUUGUCUCCUACCCGUCUACUAUCACUUCACAAUUCUCCCACUUUACGUGCCCAGUGUCUUCUUUAGAGGAGUCUCAGCACUCUUCAUAACAUGGCUGGGCAACUUCAAGCUGCUCCUCUUUGCCUUUGGACGAGGUCCACUCUCCUCGGACCAAUCCAUGCCCUUGCACAUCUUCAUCGCCUCCGGUGCUCUCCCCAUCAGAACCAAGCUGCCAAAUGUCAACCCCUCAUCUACUUCUUCCGGACCCUCCAAGAAAAAGCUACCGUUUUUAAAUAAUUUAGGAACGGAGAUCUUAGCUUUAUCCGUUAUAUUUGGGCUAGCUGCCAAAUAUAAAGAAAGUGUACACCCCGCAGUUGUACAAAUAGCCUAUAGCAUCGCGAUGUUUUUCCUAAUUGAAGUUCUGGUGGCGCUCUCUAGUUUCGUGGUCCGAGCCCUGGUGGGUCUAGAGCUGGAGGCACCUUCCGACGAGCCCUACUUAUCAGCUUCUCUGCAAGAUUUCUGGGGCAAGAGGUGGAACCUCUCAGCAGCAAAUGCACUGCGGCACACAAUAUACAAGCCCGUCAGGUCAAUAUCGGAGAUCGUACUGGGGAAUCGAUCCGCCGUACUGGCUGCCAUCUUCGCGACCUUUGUUGUCUCUGGUCUAAUGCAUGAACUCAUAUACUAUUACGUCUCAGGCGCGAAGCCCUCCUGGGAAGUGACCUGGUUCUUCGUUCUGCAUGGAAUUUGUGUUAUGAUUGAACUGGUAUUGAAGACAGCCGUGGGAGGAAAAUGGGAGGUGCCCCGGUUAAUUGCGGCCCCGUUGACAAUUGGGUUUGUGGCUGCAACCGGUAUGUGGCUGUUUUUCCCUCCGUUGACCAAGAUGGAAAUUGAUAGAAUGAUUUUUGAAGAGUUCAGUCAAGCUGGCGAGUAUGUGAAUGGUAGGCUGGUGGCCUUAUCUCCACUGUCCUGGGCCACGAGUUGA